AGACGGAGCAGGCGGAUGACUCUAUUCAACCAAGCUUGGUCCCAGUAAUUUAGUUAUCACACCAUGGAGGACCACAGCAGGGAUGACAUGGACUUGAAAGAAGAAUCUGCACAGGUGUGGUCUGAAUCAGCUGAGCAGGAACAGAGCACUGCUCAGGUUCACUUUGUCCCGGAAGGUGGAACGGUGGCUCAGAUCGUGUACAGCGAUGACCAAGACCGUCCUCCGCAACAGGUGGUCUACACGGCCGACGGCACCUCUUACACCUCAGUGGAUACCUCAGAGCACACGCUGGUUUACAUCCAUCCUGUGGAGGCCACUCAGACUCUGUUUACAGACCCGUCCCAAGUGACUUAGCAGGAUGCAACUACGCAGCAGGUGUCAAUACCUGUGCAUAACCAGGUCUUGCCUCCUAUGGAGGCCGUGGAUGAUGCUACUCCUCUAGAAGCUUUGCAGAACCCAAUGGAUAGCAUGGAAACAAAAGAGGAAAAUGAUGCGGAUGAGGAAGAUGAUGAGGAAGAGGAGGAGGAGGAAGAGGAGGAGGAGGAAGAGGAGGAGGAAGAGGGGGAAGAUACAGACAUGGAUGAAUGGGACCCUGAUCCACCUCGCCCCUUUGACCCAAAUGACCUGUGGUGUGAAGAGUGUAAUAACGCCCAUCCCUCUGUUUGCCCCAAGCACGGACCCUUGCACCCGAUCCCAAACCGACCAGUAUUAACAAGAGCGAGAGCCAGCCUCCCCCUGGUCCUUUACAUAGACAGAUUCCUGGGAGGAGUGUUCUCCAAACGACGCAUUCCGAAGCGCACACAGUUUGGCCCUGUGGAAGGACCUCUGGUCAGGCAGUCAGAGCUCAAGGACUGCUACAUCCAUUUAAAGGUGUCCCUCGAGAAGGGUGACCGAAAAGAUUGGGAACUGCAGGAAGAUCUCUGGUUUGAGCUGUCCAGCGAGGCUCUUUGCAACUGGAUGAUGUUUGUGCGACCUGCCCAGAAUCAUCUAGAACAGAACCUCGUCGCCUACCAAUACGGCCAUCAUAUUUAUUUCACAACCAUUAAAAACAUUGAGCCUAAACAAGAACUCAAGGUGUGGUAUGCCGCCUCAUACGCCGCGUAUGUGAAUCAGAAGAUCCAUGAUAUAACUGAGGAGGAAAGGAAAGUUCUCCGAGAGCAAGAGAAAAACUGGCCGUGCUACGAGUGCAAUCGGCGGUUCAUGAGCUCCGAACAGCUCCAGCAGCACCUCAACUCCCAUGAUGAAAAGCUGGACUUCUUCAGCAGAGCACGAGGCAGAGGUCGUGGACGAGGAAAGCGGCGGUUUGGACCAGGCAGGCGACCGGGUCGCCCUCCUAAAUUCAUGCGCUUGGAAGUAACUGGUGAAAACGUGGGGAAAUGUGCAGAAGGGACACAGGAUUUGCUGCAUUUCUCCAGCAAGGGGCAGUUUGAGGAGGCUGGACAAGCCCCUCUGAACGGCCUAGACCAACCAGAACAGACGCCUGCCCCGCCGGAGACUCCAUCCACAUUGGACCCCCAGCCCGAGAGCCAUCCGUUGCAGCUCCAGCCGCAUGAACCGACGGUGGCGCCUACCCAGAGCACCAUUACCGAAAACGACAUGCGGCGUGCAAAGCGUAUUCGGCUGGAGCAGCAGAAUGCAGCUCUCCAGCACUUAUUCAUCCGGAAGUCAUUCCGACCCUUCAAAUGCCUGCAUUGUGGGAAGGCUUUCCGUGAUAAGGACAAGCUCGAUCAGCACUUGGGGUUCCACGGACGGGAAGGCAAUUGCCCUCUGACCUGUGACAUUUGCAAUAAAGGCUUCAUCAACAGCAGCGCUCUGGAAAGUCACAUGAAGUUCCACUUGGACCAGAAAACCUACUCCUGCAUUUUCUGCCCCGAGUCCUUUGACCGCUUGGAUCUGCUGAAAGAUCACGUGGCGAUCCACGUGAACGAUGGCUAUUUCACCUGUCCUACCUGUAAAAAGCGAUUUCCGGAUUUUAUCCAGGUAAAGAAGCAUGUGCGCAGCUUCCAUUCGGAAAAGAUUUACCAAUGCACAGAAUGUGACAAGGCUUUCUGCCGCCCCGAUAAGCUGCGUCUCCACAUGCUGCGCCACUCGGACCGCAAGGACUUCCUGUGCUCCACCUGCGGGAAACAGUUCAAGUCUAAAACAAUCAAGCCUCGGAUAGCCUCGACCGACUACGAGAGCUUCAUGUUCAAGUGUCGCCUGUGCAUGAUGGGCUUCCGGAGGAGAGGCAUGCUGGUGAAUCAUUUAUCAAAGAGACAUCCAGACAUGAAAAUAGAAGAGGUGCCAGAGCUAACACUGCCCAUCAUCAAGCCCAACAGAGAUUAUUUCUGUCAGUACUGUGAUAAGGUUUAUAAGAGUGCCAGCAAACGCAAAGCGCACAUUCUGAAGAAUCACCCGGGUGCCGAGCUUCCUCCGAGCAUCCGAAAGCUCCGUCCAGCGGGCCCAGGAGAGCCAGACCCCAUGCUGAGUACCCAUACCCAGCUCACGGGCACGAUAGCGACUCCACCCGUUUGCUGCCCUCACUGUUCCAAGCAGUAUAGUAGCAAGACCAAAAUGGUGCAACAUAUUCGCAAGAAGCACCCGGAAUUCGCUCAGAUCCCGACGAAUACGAUACACGUGCCAUUGACGACGGCGGUCAUCAGCACCGCGCCUGCAGUUUUAACUGCUGACAGCACCGCUGGGGAGACAGUAGUGACAACAGAUCUGCUGACCCAAGCAAUGACAGAGCUGUCACAGACGCUGACAACAGACUACCGAACCCCGCAGGGUGAUUUUCAGCGAAUACAGUACAUCCCUGUGUCACAGUCCACAACGGGCUUACAGCAGUCUCAGCACAUACAGCUGCAGGUCGUACAAGUGGCUCAGGCUACCUCACCCCACCAGUCCCAGCAUUCCACGGUGGACGUGGGGCAGCUGCACGACCCACAGACGUAUACCCAGCAUGCCAUCCAAGUACAGCACAUCCAGGUUGCGGAACCAGCCCCUGCAGCCCCGCCUUCCUCACAGGUGGGAAGUAAGCCCUUAAGCCCUUCGUCACAACCAUCCCAGCAGGAACUCAGCCCUUCCCAGUUGCAAACACCCACCACCUCCCAAAGCCAAACUCUCCAGCCACAGCAAGGCUCCUCCGUUCAACAAACAUACUUACCCAGCACGUGGAACUCAUUCCCCAGCUAUUCUUCUGAGAUUCAGUAUGUGAUCGCAGAGACUGCUGUCGGGGCUCCUGUCACUGCAGGGCAAGUGAAGCCUGUUGCCCAGACACAUUAUGUAAUAUCCGGAGGUCAAUCUGAACUAGAUGUAAAACCAAACCUUUCGCUUUCCAGUGGUGUAGAAGUGGACUUGGCCCAGCCAUCGACACAUUCUGACCCCCUGGAAUCCCCAACAGCCAAUCAGCAGCAGACAACACAAUACAUCAUCACAACCACCACUAAUGGCAAUGGAAGCAACGAAGUGCACAUUGAAAAGCCAUGAACUUCCUUUGCAGUGGAUAAAUGAAGACAUUCGGUUGGGCCAGCUGACUUUCCAGGACGUUCCCCUAAAAAUAUGGAGCACCAAGAGCUGUUUUUUUUAUGUUUUCA